AUGGAACCCGAGGCUCCAGAGACAACACAUGAAAUCAUCGAGAACGGCCAGUUCGAUGAUGCGCCCGAGUCUGCCGAUCCGGUAGUGCCGUCUGCCCACAUCGAUCCCCGCACAGGGCACAACUUCAUCGACGAAGAGAACAUACUCGCGUGGUCCUCCGACAGCGGCGCAGAAGACGAUAACGAGGCCGAAGAAGAGUACGACGCAUUCGACGCUGAGGAGGACGACCUCGAGGCCGCCGCGUUCCACACCCUACGUGCGGAGGACGAAGACUGGGAGGUCGCCGAACGAGAUUUUACGAAGCAGUACAACCGUGUCAGGCAGCAUGUAGCUGUGCGUACUGGUGCCGCGCAUGGUAUCGCCUCCGCGAUGAACACCCGCUCUGUGGUUGCGCCGCUCCCCGCCGUCAAUCGCCCACGCGCCGCGAAGGUAGUAGCAAGUGCACCUGCGUCUGCUACGAGUGGUGCAGACCGGACUGCGAGUCAGCUUGAGGCGCUGGCGAAGUACUCUUCUCGCAUACGCAACAUUGACAUGCCGUAUGACCUCGGCGUGGGCGUGAAUAGAAAAGGUCCGUCCGCGAGUGCGAAUGUCAAGGACAAACGCGAUCGUGCGACUAGCGAGCAGGUCUUGGAUCCGCGCACCAGGAUUAUUCUGUUCAAGAUGAUUGGACGAGGGCUCAUAUUCGAAAUUAACGGCUGCGUUAGCACAGGAAAGGAGGCAAAUGUAUAUCAUGCCCUCACUCUAGAGAGGAGACAUAUUGCGCUCAAGAUCUACAAAACAUCCAUUCUUGUCUUCAAGGAUCGUGAUAAAUACGUCACCGGAGAAUAUCGAUUCCGUCGAGGAUAUAGCCGACACAAUCCCCGCAAGAUGGUCCGCAUAUGGGCAGAGAAGGAGAUGCGUAACCUCAAGCGAUUGCGCACAGCUGGGAUAUGCUGUCCCGAGCCUGUCGAGGUUAGAGAAAACGUGCUUGUGAUGGGGUUCGUCGGUGAUAAGGAGGGAUGGGCGUCCCCAAGGCUGAAAGAUGCAGAAAUCCCGGCCGCAAUCAUCCCCGACCUAUACGUCGAGCUCCUUCUCAUGGUGCGCAAGAUCUACCUCGAAUGCAAGCUCGUGCACGCCGAUCUCUCCGAAUACAACGUCCUAUACCAUGUGGAAUCGUCGCCUUCCCCGCCUGCAGCGGAAGACUCUUCCCACCUAGAAACAGAGCCGGGGCCCUUUCAACAGGAGUAUGAACCCUCUCAGCAGGAGGCAGACCAGGACCACCGCGGACACCUGUGGAUCAUCGACGUCUCGCAGUCCGUCGAGCACGACCACCCGCAUGCAUUCGACUUCCUCCGCUCGGACCUACGCAACGUCGAGGACUUCUUCGCUAGGCGCAGCGUGCACUGUGUCGGGCUCCGCCGCGCGUUCGAGUUCGUCACACGGGAGGUCCUCCCACCCCCGGGCGAAAACGACGGCGCGGAGGCCGUUCUGCGGGCCUGGAUGGAGGCACCAGAGCCAGAAGCGGCGGCGGACGGAGCAGAAUCUAGGAGCGAAAAUGGGGUGGCGGAUGCAGACGGUGCUGCGCCGGGGCCGUCCUCGGCUGCCGCGGCACACGAAGACUCGGUGUUCAUGCACUCGUACAUCCCCCGCACGCUAAACGAGGUGUAUGAUCCGGAGCGUGACGUGGGCGCGCUCGCCCGUGGAGAGGGUGAGAAGCUGAUUUACAGGGAUACAAUUGGGAUCGUUGUCCCCAAGGAUAGACGCAAGGACAGUGCGGGUAAAAAUGGAGAGACGACAGCGGAAGCACGAGGUCGCGUUCAGAUGAGCAAGGUGCACUUCCAGGACGAGGGCGGUGACAAUACCGAUGAUUCUGAUGAGAGCGAGGAUGAAGAACAAGAUGACGACAGUUCCGAGGGGAUAAAAAAAGGGUUCGAGGAGCGUCAACCGAGGGGGCACCGACAUGAGGACAAGGACGCCAAAAAGGAACGGAAGAAAGCAGCGAAGGAAGAAGCUCGUGAGAGGCGCAAGCACAAAAUUCCGAAGGCAGAGAAAAAACGGAAGGUGAAGGCAACGGCGCGCGGUGGAUAG